UAGUCUGCACGGGCGCGUGAGCUUCCCUUUACUCUCUCAAGUUCACCGUCGCAUUUUUUCAGUCGUGGGGAUUCCUGAAAGAGCUGGAAAAGGCUCAAUGUUGGUCGUGCUAUGACAGCGUCUCUGCUCCUCCAUUCUCGCUGGAUCGAGCCGGUGAUGUUUCUCUGUGACAGCGGCUGCUCAGACGACGUGAGCAAAAACAUGGAGGGAUUCGCGGGAGGCAAUUUCUCCACCAACCAGUGCCGGAAUCUCGUGGCCCACCCGACUUCUCUUGCUCCCGGUGCGCCCUAUGGAUCGAGCGAAGUGCCAGUAUCUGGCGUGACGGAACCUGUCAAGCAGUGCAGCCCGUGUUCGGCGGCGCAGAACUCCCCUGGUGCUGCUUCUUUGCCCUAUGGAUAUUUCGGUAGUGGCUAUUAUCCGUGCCGAGUAUCACAUCACGGCGCAGUGAAGUCCUGCGCGCAGCCUGCCGCUUACGCAGACAAGUACAUGGAUACGUCUGUCGCCGGAGAGGAGUUCUCGUCUCGAUCUAAGGAGUUCACUUUCUAUCAGGGCUACUCGUCCGGACCUUACCAACCCGUCCCCAGUUAUCUGGACGUGCCAGUCGUGCCUGCUCUAAGCUCAGCUCCGGAACCGAGACACGAGUCAAUUUUGCCCAUGGAAACUUACCACCAACCCUGGGCCAUCACGAACAGCUGGAACAGCCCUGUGUACUGCCCAAAGGAGCAGACCCAGUCCAGUCAUCUCUGGAAGUCAUCUCUUCAAGACAAUGUGUCAGGAAGUGAUGGCGCUUCCAUUCGCCGAGGGAGGAAGAAGCGCGUCCCCUAUACCAAAGUCCAGCUGAAAGAACUGGAGCGCGAAUAUGCGGCCAAUAAGUUCAUCACGAAGGAUAAACGGAGACGAAUAUCUGCUCACACAAACCUGACCGAGCGCCAGGUCACCAUCUGGUUUCAGAACAGGAGGGUAAAGGAAAAGAAAGUGGUCAACAAAUUCAAGAGCAUCACUUAA